AUGAUUUUGAGUAUCCUCCACCGUUCGAUCUAUAUCGCUGUACUGACUUUCUCCAUUCUGGGCGUCGGCAUAGCUCGGCGUUAUGACAAUGAGACAGACCGGUUAGCAUUGCUUUCAUUCAAGUCCAGUAUAAGUGACGAUCCCUUCGGUGUCUUAAGCUCAUGGAAUGACUCUACGGGCCACUUCUGCAGAUGGCGGGGGGUGACAUGCAGUCGUCGCCACCAAAGGGUAACUAGGUUGGACUUAGAGUCUCAAAGCCUAACAGGGUCGAUAUCGCCUUCCGUUGGGAAUUUAAGCUUUCUCAAGGAACUAUAUUUAGAUAACAAUAGCUUCAUAAAUGGCGUUCCUCAAGAACUUGGUCAUUUGAGAAGGCUUGAGUACUUGUGGCUCAAUAACAACUCCCUUGGAGGCGUGAUUCCUGUCAAUAUCUCUGCCUGUUCAAAUCUUGUCCAAUUAGAUAUUUCCUAUAACAAUUUACACGGUGAAAUUCCAGGCCAACUCGACUCACUGUCACAACUCGAAGUACUUUAUGUUGACGAUAACAAUUUAACAGGUGAAAUCCCUGUUUCUUUUGGCAACUUAUCGUCUCUUGUCGAAUUUUUUGUAGCCAUCAAUAGUCUAGAUGGGAUGAUCCCAGAUUCAUUCGGGCAGCCAAGGAAACUGGAAACUCUCGCUUUGUCUGAUAAUGAAAUUUAUGGUACUGUCCCUUCCACGAUCUUCAAUCUCUCUGCUAUAAAAGGCUUUGACAUCUCUGGGAAUAGACUUCAAGGAAGUCUUCCUUCAGACAUGGGAAUCUCUCUUGUCAAUCUCACUUUCUUUAGCAUUGCUGAUAACCAGUUCACUGGAUCCCUUCCUUCUUCACUGUCCAAUAUGUCAAAUCUUGAAUACCUUAUGGUCGACUUCAACAAUCUUUCAGGAAAAUUCCCGAACCUUCCUAAAUCCCACAGGCUUAGUUGGUUGAGUGCCACUGGCAACCAACUUGGAAGUGGAGAAGUUGAUGACUUGAGUUUCAUUUCAUCAUUGACAAAUGCCACAGAAUUAGAAUCACUGGCAAUUAACAGCAAUAGCUUUGGAGGUGUCUUGCCUGAAUCCUUAGGCAAUCUCUCAAGUAAACUUGUCUUACUGUACUUAGACAACAAUCAGAUAUCUGGUCGAAUCCCAGAUGAAAUAGGGAACCUCUUUAAUCUGCAAGAUAUCCAGUUAUGGAACAACAAACUCAUUGGUAACAUCCCCCCUAUCAUUGGGAAACUCCAAAAUCUGAAAGAACUAGAUUUGUCUAUAAAUUGGCUCACGGGGGAAAUCCCAUCCUCCAUAGGCAAUUUAAGUACCUUGAUUCGUCUUUCGCUGAGGGAAAACAAAUUUAAUGGCAGCAUCCCUUCAAGUUUGGAAAAUUGCCAAAAUUUGCUACAACUCGAUCUUUCUAAGAACAACCUUAGUGGAAUGAUACCCCAUCAAAUUUUUGUUGCGUCUUUGUCACUAGCUCUAAACAUUUCUUGGAACCACUUGGUCGGUCCCCUUCCAGUUCAAGUCGGAAAUAUGAGGAAUAUAGGCCAGAUGGAUGUAUCCAACAAUAUGUUAUCCGGCGAGAUUCCAAACACCAUUGAUAACUGUGAAAGGUUGGAGGUGCUAAACAUGGAAGGGAACUUUUUUCGAGGGACAAUUCCUGAGUUAAAUUCAUUGCGUGGCAUUCAAUUUUUAGAUCUUUCAAACAACAAUCUAUCAGGUGAAAUUCCUGAUUAUUUUGGUGGCUUCAAGUUACAGUAUCUGAAUCUAUCACAUAAUGAUUUCAGUGGCACAUUAUCAGAGGCAGGAAUCUUUAAGAAUGCAAGUGCAAUUGCAGUAUUUGGAAACCCCAAGCUAUGUGGAGGUAUACCUGAGCUACACCUUCCUAGAUGCAAGUCGAGAAGGUCCAGGACGACUAGUCCCUCAAUAAUCAAACUUAUGAUCGGUAUAAUAUCCGGGUUUUUGGGACUAUGUAUCGUGUCUGUUUCUAUAUUUCGUUGCUGGUUAAAGAAGGCGAAAAGGGAGCCUCCUCCUUCACANAAGGCGAAAAGGGAGCCUCCUCCUUCACAGUCGCUAGAAAUUAUACCUUUAAAAGUGUCUUACCAAAGUCUUUUCCGAAGUACCAAUGGGUUCUCUGAAGAUAAUUUCAUUGGUGCCGGAAGUUUUGGAAUCGUGUACAGAGGAAUUCUUGCUGAUAAUGUAAAGGUGCUUAACCUUUCAAACCAUAGAGCUUCCAACAGUUUCAUUGCAGAGUGCAAUACUUGGAGGAGCAUUAGACAUCGGAACCUAGUUAAAGUACUAAGUGUGUGUUCAGGUGUAGACUAUAAAGGUAAUGAUUUUAAGGCAUUAGUUUACGAGUUCAUGGCUAAUGGCAGUCUGGAGGAGUGGCUGCACCCGAGCGAACCUGAACUCAGAAGGUUAAAUCUUCUUCAAAGAAUGAAUAUUGCGAUUGAUGUAGCCAAUUCCUUGGAUUAUCUUCAUAACCAUUGCAUGUCACCAGUAGUUCACUGUGAUCUAAAGCCAGGUAAUAUCCUUCUAGACAAUGAAUUUGUUGGCCAUGUGGGAGACUUUGGUUUAUCAAGAUUCCUGUCAAAGGCAACCCAAAACUUUUCAACAACCGAAACAAGUUCAGAAUUGAUAAAGGGCUCCAUCGGAUAUGCUGCCCCAGAGUACGGAAUGGGAAGUGAGGUUUCAACAUUUGGAGAUGUGUACAGCUUCGGCAUUCUCCUGCUAGAAAUGUUUACAGGAAAGAGGCCUACAGAUGACAUGUUUAAAGAAGGUCUUGAUCUUUGCAGAUAUGUCAAGAAUGCAUUGUCCGACAGACUUGAUGAAAUUGUUGAUCCACCACUUCUUCAAGAAUUUCGAGAGAAUCCCACAAGCACAGAGAGUACGGAAAUACAUCAUUUAAGGGGAACACAAAAUUUUCGGAAGUGUCUGAUUUCAGUAUUCAGAAUCGGAAUAAUUUGUUCUGCUGAAUCUGCAACAGAACGAAUCAAUAUUGCUGAUGUUCUUGCUAGAUUGCACUCCACUAAAAAUAGUCUUCUUUAA